UAGCGAGUGGUAAAAAGCCGGCAACAAGUGGUAAGAACAUGGAAAAGGCAUGGCGUCUUUUUGAACGGAAUCAACAAGUCGCGGGCGCCGCGACGACAGCGCCGCUAUUUACGACGUUGGCCGCGCCACGACGCGUCCCUCCACUACAUCCACCUGUUUUCUUUGCACACCUACUAACAAAUGUACCUUCGAAAUGUUUUGAUUUUGUUUAGUUUUGGCUUGUUUUUGUUGUUGUGUGUUGAUGUGACGCUUUGUUUUCUUUUGUUGAGUUUCAGGUACAAACAACGGUUCUUAUCAUCCGUUUUCGUUGACGCCCCAUUUCGACAUCGGGAACGCGCCAGAGGUGGAGGAAAAGAGUCUGGAAAAGGGAUCUGCACCAACAUUUUUUUUAUUAAUUAGAGACGGUGAUCACCAUCAUCAUCAACAUGCAGCACACCACGGGCUCCCCCCAGCAGUUCUGCCUCCGUUGGAACAACUACCAGUCCAAUUUGACCAACGUCUUCGACCAACUCCUCCAGAGCGAGUCCUUCGUGGACGUCACCCUCGCCUGUGAUGGCCACUCUGUCAAGGCCCACAAAAUGGUCCUCUCCGCUUGCAGCCCCUAUUUCCAGUCGCUCUUUUUCGAAAACCCUUGCCAACACCCGAUUGUCAUCAUGCGGGAUAUCAAAUGGCCUGAACUCAAAGCCGCCGUUGAGUUUAUGUACAAGGGUGAGAUUAACGUCUCGCAGGAGCAAAUCGGGCCCUUGUUAAAAGUCGCCGAAAGUCUUAAAAUUCGCGGCUUGGCCGACGUCAACGGCGAACAAGACAUUGUCGCCCCAACUGGUGAACUCACCACCAGUGCUAGAACCCUUCUGAAGUCGUCAUCGACACCGAACAACGUCACCGGCGAGUGGGAAUGCCGACAGGAAGGUGGUGAUGGUCCACCACGUGUCAAAAAGAGACGAAGACCUUCGGGAGAACGCAGCAGCCUGAGCAGUCCGGCCGAAAGUGCGAGCACGGAAAUUCCGGAUCCUCCGCCUUCGGUUGAAAUGUCACCGGCGCCUUCCGCGACGCCGCUUCCUUCUUCCGUUUCUACCGAACCUUUGCCGCUUACGUUACCGCUUCCGCAACAACCGCAAGUAUCACACGCGUCUUCGGACGAUAUGGAAAUCAAACCAGGCAUUGCUGAGAUGAUACGCGAGGAGGAACGGGCCAAGUUAUUGGAGUCUUCCCAUGCUUGGCUCGGUGCCUCUACGUCUUCUAUAGCCGAUUAUCCGACAUUACUAAAACUUAAAACCCCAACAUGGACCCAAGAACAGCUCAAAGAAGCAAUAGACGCCGUCGUGAAGCAAAAAAUGCGUUUCACGCAGGCUUCGGCCAGGUACGGUAUACCAAAAGGGACUUUGUACGAUAAUAUCCUAGGGAAGUCGAAGCGGAUGGCGGUGUUGGAGGAGGCCGGAUUGACCCCCUCCGAGGAGGCGGCGGUCUUGGAGUUCUGUUGUGACGUCUCAGUUUCUCCCUACAACAGACGCACGAAAAAAUCCCUGCAAUCAGUGCUGAAUUUCGUGGAGAAACUGAGACGCGCUCGAGACCCGGAGUUUAUCUUCACCGGACUUUCCGGGUUCCGGUGGUGGUGGGCGUUUUGUAAAAAGCACAAUAUUGUGUCGCUCUACUACGAGAAUAACGGUUCGAUGCAUUCCUUAAACAAUACUCUUUAAUUUAGCAAUAAAUUGGGGCAAUAUUUUCCAUGUAAAUAGGGGGUUCCCAGAAUUUGAGUUGAUUUAUGAAUGAAUUUUAUAAAGUUAAAUUGUACUUCCUUCCAUUCCUAUAAUUAUUAUCAUUAUUUUUUUUACUUGUUAGCCUUAUUUGUACAUAUUGCAUCCUUUAUUAACGUUACUUUGUUAUUAAUAAUACGAUGUUUGCGUUCAAGUGAGCUAUAUUUAUGCAACUAAUUACAUGGCUAUUAUACCAUGCGUGUUAUAUUAUUAUAUUCAACAUGCGAUAUUGUGUUUCAUUAUUAGUUUAGUUCUAUUUUAUUUUUAUUAAUAACUUAUUUUCUCACGUAUUUAAGUCGGACACAUGCAUCGAUCGUUAUGGCAGCUUUUGUUUCUCAAUAUGGUGCCUUCACUACUUGAUAAUGAUUUUUUUUAGUUUUAGGUUUAUUUUUAGCAAUAAUUUUUUUAGGAUAAAAUAUUUUAUUUUUGAGACCAUGUUACUUUUCGAAUUAUUUUGCCAAUAAUCAUACUCUUAAUAAACAAUUAUUAACAAUAAUUGGAGUAAUUUAUUUAAUCUUUUCCAAUUAGUACAAUUAAAUGAUAAAUUUUAAUAAAAAAACCAAUUAAGAUAAUAAAACAAU